UUGGUCGAGCUUCAUGUGCUCGGUCACGUGUCUCUCUGUGCAGGUCACUUCCGCACUCCGCUGCUGUUUGCAUGUUAGCCAGUUAGCUUCCUGAGUGUCUUCUUCUUUAUAUACAGUCUAUGGUGUCUUCCUCUCUCAAUGACAGGAAGUCGCUGUAUUCUCCAGAACAGAAACGAGCAGCUGACGAUUUCAAACUCCCCGACUGCGUCCAGCUUCUUUUCACCCGCGGGAUAAAAACAGCCGCGGUUCUCAUGAGCUCAACCAGGAAGCGACGUUAGCGUAGAGGAAGCUGCAGCUCAUCAUCUGCUGGAUCCAGCUUCAGCUCAUCUGUCAGCUCGUCUGGGAACAUCCAAGCUGCUUGUUCCUCUCAUUGUCAGCAGGAGCAGGCAUGGAGGUGUACAGCUGUCCUAGUCGAAGGCCCUUCCUGGUGUGGACCCUCUUAGUUCCGCUGGUCCUGUGUGGAAGUGUGGUGUUCGCCGCUGAUGGCAUCAGCAGCUGUAAAUUGCUCUAUGACUCCAAGUCAGACUGGACAGUCCUCAAUCGACUGGCACCACUCACCAAUAAGAACUUUACUGUGGAGUCCGUGGACGAAGGAGAGAGUUACACGUACAUAUUCCAGUUGUGUGGGGAUGCAGGAGGUGUUCCAGGAGCUGGCGUCAUUCAAGUGGACAGCAAGGGAACAGAGAAGAAAACUACUGUGAUUGGCACGUAUAAUGCAACGCAAGCCAUCGGGGGAGGUGACUGGGUGAUGUUGAUCUACAGAAAUGGCGACACAUAUAAUGUCCACUGCUCCAAGGAAAAGAGGAAAGCCUUUAUUAUGAUCUCUUGCAACCGGAAGGUGGAUAUGGGCCAGCUGGAGGUGCUUCGGGAGGAGAGGGAGAGGGAGCAAGACUGUUUUUACCUGUUUAAGAUGGACUCCAGCGCCGUGUGUCCAGAUCCUCCGUCUAAUCUCAGCACUGGCUCCAUAUUACUCAUCAUUGGGGUUUGUCUUCUGGCUGUUUACCUCAUUGGAGGUUUCCUCUAUCAGCGGCUGAUUGUUGGAGCCAAAGGGAUGGAGCAAUUUCCAAAUUAUGCCUUCUGGGUGGAAUUUGGUAACUUGACAGCAGAUGGGUGUGACUUUGUUUGCCGGUCACAAAAUCGAGAGGACUCCCCAGCUUACAGGGCAGUGGCCCCAGAAAGUUUAGAGGAAGAGCAAGAAGAGAGAGAUGACCACUUACUACCUAUGUGACCUGAAUAUGUCAGAAAUGGGACUCAAUUUCUCACUGUGUGACACAGUUUUCUCUUUCACAAGGUCGAUGAAACUACUGUUAAACUGAAGUCUGUUUUUGUUUUGUUGGUUUUGUCAGGAUCUGCACGCAGUUAAUGUGUAUUCCAGACAUGUGCCUAAGACAACUACUGAUCUGCUUGUCACGUAAGGGCAUGUUACUCACAGGGCUGAAAAACCUGUUUUCUCUUUAAAUCAUGAAUUUCAUGCUUAAUGUUUGAAAUAAGACAAAUGAGUAAUUCUACUUCGACUGCAAAGUGACGAGUGUGAUGUUUCUUACAUGGAAAUCAAAGUUUGUAUUUCUACGUCAUCUAAACACAAUGACUUAUUCUGCUUAGCUAAUUACUUUACGUGCGGGGGGGGGGGUUAUCUGGCUUUAAUUUGUUCUAGAUUGUUUUGAAAAAAGAAAUUGAAUAUGAGAAUUUAAGAGCUUAAUUUGAAGUGUUGUGACCAUGCUACACAAAUAGAAAUCACUGAAAAAUCCAUAGCUGGAAUUACUUUUUAGUUUCCCUUUUCCCACAUUACUAAGAAGAGCCUCUACUUCUGUGCAAAAAUCUAUAAAUUGGUAAAUAUUCUCGGUUACCAGACUGAAAUUUGAGUUUGACGGUUGUAACUUACCAUACUCCUCUUUAAGUUUUGUCAGAAAGGUCAACAAUGCUGAAAAGGUCUUGUGCUAAACCAAUCUAUAUUAAUGCACUCUUUCAAAUUACAGACAAGUGGAAGUAGCUGAAGAUUUAUUCUGCUAUUCAUAAAAUAUGAUUUCCAAAGUAUGUCCUGUAUAUGCAGAAUAUGUACAUACUAAGUUACAUUUUCGGCAAACUAUUGAAUAAUGAAUAUUAUAGUGGGCAAACUCAUCUGUCUGCUUAUAUAACUUGUAGACUUAUGUGAGACCAAAUUCUCAGGCUGCUUUUUUUACAUAAAGUGGCAAAGAAAGCACUUAACCUUUAGUCUUGUAUCAAUAUAAUAUAACUGUAAAAUGUUAUAGUUUAUUGAGGAUAACAAGAGUAAGGUUUGUAAUAGUUAUUACUGCUGAGAAUUAAAGCAGACUUUUUCAACUCGAUGGAAAAUGUUGGGUGGCUUCAGUCAACCAAGUUACUGUACUACUGUAAGUGUGAGCACCGUGUGUCUGUCAUUUACUUUUUUGUGUUUAUUAAUCUGAACUUGUUUUGCUUAAUUGUUUGAUUACUUUAACCAACACCCUUUUUUUUCUGAUUGCAUUAAAAAAUAUAUAUGAAA